AUGUCUCUAAAGUUCCCCGGCUGGACGAACGCAGACCGCUGCCGCUGCAACCAAUGCUGGGAAGAGUACAGGAUCAGACAGCGCGCCAACCUGCCCCCUCGCCCUGAGCCUCUGCGCUGGACCCUCGACUACGCCGGCGAGUGGGCGCCCGUUUACGUCGAGCCGGAUGCUUGGCGCUCGCCAGGCCCCGAGCAGCAGCCAGGAGAACUUUCAGACGUCGCCGCUCAGUACGCCAACCAGGACGAGCGGGACGGGAGCAAUGCCGCCGCAAGUGCGCCUUCUCCCCUAUCCGGUGCUGCUGCCACGGAAGCGGUAUUGCCACCAUCACCACCACGUCUCUCACCAUCCACAACACCACCAUUGUCUCCCUUGUCAGCCUCCCAGAUGUUCCCUGAGCUGCCUCCUCGGCAGUCUGCGCCCACCCGAGGGCCCGAGCCACCGUCACCGCUGCGCAAGUCGGCCAAAUUGCGGCCCGCACAGGACGACGCACCAGCUACAGCCGCGUCGGGCCCCGCUCGGUCAACAUCACCAGCGGUCCUGCAAGCCGUCGAGCAGGUGGCUGAGAGACGCACAGAGCAAAAGGAGUCGGAGAGGGAAGGGAAAGAGAAGUCUUGGACGCCUCUAGGCUCUGGUACGCUCAGCGCACCUGCCGGUGACUAG